CGGACUCUGAUUUGGAUUUCGCACAGACAGGAGAAGCUGUGGAGGGGUUAAGACAGUUAGCUCAGAGGCUAUACAGAGCUACAUGACAGAGGUGACCAAACGGAACCACGGCACCUCAGGAGUAGACCGCUCCUCCGCGCCCCGCUCCACACCGGACCCUGCGCCCGUCCCGCUCUCACCCGCGUGUCUCUGGGCUUCAGACACUGGAUGCUCUGCUGUAACAAACACUAGACUCAACUGUAUCACUGACACUUCAUGUUCCGAGCUAACGCAGGAUCAAAACAAGGGCAUCUGUUCAAAGUUUAAGUGCCGUUGGCAGUGACCCGGCCAGGACCCGGCGGUGGGACGGAAACGGCCCGGGGAGAGCACCGGGACACCGGGGCAGGCAGCCAGGACCGCGAGGCUGGUGGAGGGAUAAACCAGAGGCUCCAGCUCCUGGUGGAUUUAUUUGCUGCUAGCGUUAGCCGCGCUAACUCCACACACCAUGGACUGGCUGAUGGGGAAGUCAAAGACGAAGCCGAAUGGAAAGAAGCCACCGGCCGAGGAGAAGAAGCUGUACUUGGAGCCGGACUACACCAAGAUCCGUGUGGUGGACUUUGACCUCAAGGAGCUGGUCGUGUUGCCCCGAGAGAUAGACCUCAAUGAAUGGCUCGCUAGCAACACGACGACUUUCUUCAACCUUAUCAACCUUCAGUACAGCACCAUCUCCGAGUUCUGCACUGGGGAAACCUGCCAAGCCAUGACGGCGUGCAACACAACGUACUACUGGUAUGACGAGAAGGGGAAGAAGACCAAGUGCACUGCCCCUCAGUAUGUGGACUUUGUCAUGAGCGCCUGUCAGAAACUGGUCACAGAUGAGGAAAUCUUUCCCACUAAAUAUGGUAAAGAGUUCCCAAACUCAUUCGAGUCGUUGGUGAAGAAGAUCUGCCGGUACCUGUUCCACGUGCUGGCUCACCUCUACUGGGCGCACUUUAAGGAGACGGUGGCUCUGGACCUGCAAGGCCACUUGAACACUCUGUACGCACAUUUCAUCGUUUUUGUAAGGGAAUUCAACCUGGUCGACCCAAAGGAGACCUGUAUCAUGGACGACCUGUCUGAAAUCCUGUGCAGCCCGUUGCCCCCGGCGCCCGCGGCAGCUCCCUCGGCCCCCGCCUCAGCCCCCUCCCCCUCUUCACAAAACCAUGUGACAGAGAGAUGAGCAGGGGCCGGCGCUGUGUUUUUGAUAGAGAAUGAGACGGACUGGCCCAGCCUCUGGAGCCGGCAGGACUCAGACCCUCACUCCCCUUAUAUCUCGCUACGACCACGCGGCCCACGGAGAGGGAGGGGCUGCGGCCCACGGAGAGGGGGAAGGGAGGGGGGGGGGGCUUUGAGGGUUGGGGCGGCAGGGAGGGGUUUGUCACGCCAGCAGGAAAUGGCGUGAGCGUUCCUUCCAGGGGCAAAUCCCUCCCAUCUUCUCUGCAAUCUAAACUAGGAACAAAAGUAUGUGUAUAUUUUAUUUUUGGUUUUGUUUCACUUUUUUGUUGAAGUUUUGCUCUUUAUUUCUCAGCGGGGACGUCGCCUCCCUGACUCCUCUACCUAACAUACAGUGCAGGGAGCUCUGCUUGGCUAAGACCUACUAUUGUACAGUUGUGUAGAGAGGAGCUUUCCCCUCGUCCUGCAGACUGACGGCCGCUGCGCUGGCCAAUAGGGAGCCAUAUUACUGCCUGAUGGGGCAAAACUAGCCAAUCACUGUUAAGGUUGUUUAUCUGGAGACGAUAAAGCGCUUUCUACUCAGGAACAGAACUGAGAAAUGUCACUGCUGCCAGAGAGAGCUCGUACGGCCCGUUUCAUUCACGUUAUGACGUCACAAUCCUCUGUAGUCUAAUACAGUAGAACUUUAGUCCCUCUGUUAACUCAGCCCUGAUGUAGAGUCCCUGAGCAGCCUGUAGAGGGCGACAUAGACUGGAGAAUGCUACGCAGAGGUAGCAGAGCCAGAGAAGACAGUGUAAGAUUGUGAUUUAGUUAUUUAAUCUGAGAGUUGUUUAUGAGAGAAGCUGAUGCAGAAAGACAAAGACAUGAGGUUAUGUCUGCAGGCCGAGCGGUCAGCGGUCAGCCAUUCUCCCAAAACCACACACCCAGCCGUGUUUUUAUGUGUCCACAUUUGUUUUAAAAAGAUUUUCAGAGAAGAAUUAGAGCAUAACAAUAAUGGUAUCAUCACAUAUAGAAGAUGCACAGUCUGCUUGGACUUUACUGUAUAAAGAAUCUGCAGCGGGUUCUUUCAGCAUAGCCUCUGUAUGGAGGGAAUUGGGUUUAUAUAAUUCUCCUUUUAUUUAUUUUAAUUUUGUUUUGCAGGGUUCUUCAGUUCUGGCUCUCGUUUUUAUCUAUUUUAAUUAUUAACUAAGUUAAAAGCAAUUUAAUAUUUUAAGCUCUGCAAAUUAUAAUCUAAUAAAAGAGAGAAAUUCCA